AUGCCUAAGGAGAUACUGUUAUCCAUUACUCAUAUAUACUACUGUUUAGUAUCAUGUUUAUUUAUUCUAUAUGAAAGCGACGCUAAGUUUUCAAGUACUAAUAGAUUCAGCACUUUUGGCACACUAGCCCUUAAAUUAAAAUUUUAUUGGACUGGAUGUGAACUCUUCUUGCAUUUUUGUUGUAUAAAAGUUUUGGGAGUUUUUAAUGACACCCUGAAUAAAUUUUCCUUCUUCUCCUGCGAUAUCUUCAACUUCCUAAUUCAUUUAAGAGGAAAACAAUUUAACAUAGGAGGCACAUUAAUUCUUCUAGAGUUUUUAAGACAGCAGUUUAAAUUGAAUAACAGUAUGGCUCCUAGAAUAUGCCUUGAAGAAACGUGCAAGAGUAGUAAGAGAAUGCUCUUUUUUUUUUGA